GGGAGCUAUCCGGUCUGGGAAGACUUCAUAAACAAAGCAGGAAAGCUGCAGUCCCAGCUCCGGACAACAGUAGUAGCAGCAGCUGCCUUCUUGGACGCCUUUCAGAAAGUGGCUGACAUGGCCACCAACACACGUGGCGGCACCCGGGAGAUCGGCUCCGCCCUCACCAGAAUGUGCAUGCGGCACCGAAGCAUAGAGGCCAAGCUGCGGCAGUUCUCCAGUGCUUUGAUUGAUUGUCUGAUCAACCCACUUCAAGAGCAGAUGGAAGAGUGGAAAAAAGUCGCCAGCCAGCUGGAUAAAGACCACGCAAAAGAAUACAAAAAAGCCCGCCAAGAGAUCAAAAAGAAGUCCUCAGACACGCUGAAGCUGCAGAAGAAAGCAAAAAAAGGGCGAGGCGACAUCCAGCCGCAGCUGGACAGCGCUCUCCAGGACGUGAAUGACAAGUAUCUCCUGCUCGAGGAAACCGAAAAGCAGGCCGUGCGGAAGGCGCUGAUUGAAGAGCGUGGCCGCUUCUGCGCUUUCGUCUCUAUGCUGCGGCCGGUGAUUGAAGAAGAGAUCGCGAUGCUCGGGGAAAUAACCCACCUUCAGACCAUCUCGGAAGACCUCAAGAGCCUGACCAUGGACCCUCACAAGCUCCCCUCCUCCAGCGAACAGGUGAUCUUGGACUUGAAAGGCUCCGACUGCAGCUGGUCCUAUCAGACACCACCCUCUUCCCCCAGCACCACCAUGUCUAGGAAGUCCAGUGUGUGCAGCAGCCUGAACAGCGUGAACAGCAGCGACUCUCGCUCCAGCAGCUCCCACUCGCACUCGCCCAGCUCCCACUGCCGUCACCGCGGCUCCAACCCUGCCCAGCCGGCGCCCGUGCGACUGUCCAGCGUGUCCUCCCACGACUCCGGCUUCAUCUCCCAGGACGCCUUCCAGUCCAAGUCACCCUCCCCCAUGCCGCCAGAGGCCCCCAACCAGAACUCCUCCAGCUCGGCCUCCUCCGAAGCCUCGGAAACCUGCCAGUCCGUGAGCGAGUGCAGCUCCCCCUCGUCGGUCAGCUCGGGCUCCACCAUGGGCGCCUGGGUGUCCGCGGACAAGUUGUCUAACGGGUUCUCCCACUGUAGUCUGUCCAGCGAGCCCCCCGCGGGGGCCCUGGGCUCGGCUCCCCCGGGCCUCCUAAGCAGCCGUCAGCUCCAGGGCAGUGGCCAGGGGGACGGCGGCCCAGGGGCCCGUUCGGGAACAGUGUUGGUGGGCACAGCCCAGAGCGCACCGCGGGAGUGUCCCCUCCGGAUGCUCCCAAGUUCCCGCUGGGCCGUGGCCACAGAGCCAGAGCCCGCGGUAUGUCUUGGUGGCCGGGUUGAGCGGACGAGCCGGUUCCUUCAGCCAGGAGGGCGGUGCACCUGGCACAUGCUGGCCCCCGUGGGCUGGCCAGCCUGGCAGCCCGCUGGCUGGUCCCGCCGAGCCCCCUCGAGGGACCGGCUGCCCGCUGGGCGGCUGCCUAUGCGGCGCUCACAGGAGCAGGAUGGAGCGCCCCGGCCGGCCGUCGCCAGCGGCUGCGGAUGGGCCCUGCUGCCGCGGGACGGGGCUCACGCCAGCGCCUUGUCUCUCUCCUCUGACCUGCAGCCCGGCGAGGAGGCGGAGGCCUGCGAGGAGCUGGCCCUGGCCCUGGCCCGGGGCCUCCAGCUCGACACCCAGAGGAGCAGCCGGGACUCCCUGCAGUGCUCCAGCGGCUACAGCACUCAGACCACCACCCCGUGCUGCUCAGAGGACACCAUCCCCUCCCAGGUUUCAGAUUACGAUUACUUCUCCGUGAGCGGUGAUCAGGAGGCAGAGCAGCAGGAGUUUGACAAAUCCUCCACCAUCCCGCGGAACAGCGACAUCAGCCAGUCCUACCGGCGCAUGUUCCAGGCCAAGCGCCCAGCCUCCACCGCGGGCCUCCCUACCAACCUGGGGCCCGCCAUGGUCACCCCCGGGGUCGCCACCAUCCGACGGACCCCUUCCACCAAGCCUUCUGUCCGCCGAGGCACCAUCGGAGCCGGCCCCAUCCCCAUCAAGACGCCCGUGAUCCCCGUCAAGACCCCGACCGUCCCGGGCCUCCCAGGGGUGUUGCCAGCACCCCCGGAUGGGCCGGAGGAGCGGGGGGAGCACGGCCCCGAGUCGCCGCCUGCGGGCGAGGGCCCCCCGGGUGUCGCCAGCAUGCCCCUCUCCAUCUCCUCCCUGUGGAGCGGCCAGGCUUCCGUCAACCCUCCGCUUCCAGGCCCCAAGCCCAGCAUCCCCGAGGAGCCCAGAAGGGCGAUUCCAGAGAGCCAGGCCGAAGACCAGGAGAGGGAGCUCCCGAGUGCCGCCGUCUCCCCGGGCGGGAUUCCUGAGAGGGAGCCUGUGGAUCUGAGCCCGAGAGAUGGUGCCCAGGGCGAAGACAUGCUGAACGCCAUCCGAAGAGGCGUGAAGCUGAAGAAGACCACGACCAACGACCGCUCCGCGCCUCGCCUCUCCUAGGCCCACGGCGCCGUCGCCGGGAAUCCACUGUCAGCACAGCCUGAUGGGUCUCGGUCCAUUCCAGCCAACCUAGAAUCCAACACCAGGUUUUGUAGGCAACUCCGAAUACAGCUCUUUUGAAAGUCCCCACACCUUUAGAUAAGAAUUAAAAGCAGCAGAUGUAACUGACCUAACCUUGACCUUUUCAUUUGUAAAUAGUGACGACUUUCUUUCUGCACAUUUUAAUCUUAGUUUCCCUUUUGAUUUUUCUGAAGGUGCCAAAUUCCAUUUAACUUUUUUACAAGUCUUUGUAAAAUUUUAAAUGCAUAAGGGGGGGGUUGGGGUAGGGGCCACGGAGUAGUUCAUUUUAGAAGAGGAUUUACUAUAGUUCACUCCCUUUUUUUCCACAAGCUUUUGUAGAUGCGGUGUAGUCGGCUAUCUUAGAAGCAAAUUCAAGUUGUUUUAAUGUACAGACAAAAUGGAUAAGAGGCGAAACCCUCGCUGAGACUAUGUUCUGGAUGAAAACAGCAGGACCAGUUGACAGGCGACACCGAGAAGUCGAUCGAGAAGCGGUGGACUCGCGGGGAUGGGGGAGGUCUGUGGGGGGCUCCCGGCAGCAUGGCCGACCCCGCUCCAUUCACGAGUAGCCUCGUAGGUUGACUUUCUAGUAGCUUCAUGGUAAAUGCAUCCGACAAGCCAUACUGGAUUGCAGUGUUUGUUUCCGUAGGUGUGUGAGGACUUGCUCCCCCCUCGACCGCCCACAGCACUCCCCAGUCCCGUGCAUGCUGCCGCCUGGGUAGACUAGGACCCCCACUUGAGUUUCUCGCCGACUGUACUCACGUUCCUCGAAUCCAAAUCCAUCCUUAAGGGUAAGGCAGUCUGAAACACGUGAAAGCAUUUUAAAACGAUAGCAGGGAAUUCUUAGAUAGAGCAAAUGCCUUUUACUUAACUGUACCCAGCAGGCUGGGUGCACUGAAAAGCCCAAAUAUUUUGGAAAAACUCGAGCGGAUUUGACAAGGGUAACCAGCUUGCAGUCUAGCAAAUCGCCAGUGUGUUCACCAGUCUGGGGGCUUGUUUUUCUUAUCUUCCUUUAAGUACAUGGCAGUUAACGGACUUCAUCCCAAGCACUGGAGAGAGGAGGGCUUGUUUAUUGCCACUGGGAAUCUGUCCUUUUUGUAUCCUGGGUGAUGUUUUUCUGGAAUGGAUUUGUCUUUUUUAAGUGGAAGUUGAAUUUGUUACAAUACCCAUCUCCUCAAGCCAACAGACUCGUAGACUUAGAGGGAGGACCCUGGGAGAAGUCAGGUGUCUGAAAAAGCAAGAAAGCCCCUGAGCAGUGGGGCCGGUGGGCGGGGCACGCAUGUGACCACGCCUCUCAAGGGAGGAGUCUGGCGGGCCCCACGCGCCCUGCAGGUUUCUGUUGGCGCUGACCCCACCGAGGAGUCCAGCCUCAUGCGUUGAUGCAUGACCGCGUCACCUACCUGUACAGGGCAUCACCUACCUGUACAGCCACUGUGCUGCAGACUGUCACUUAACACUGCGGUGGUUGCUCAAGGACAUUGAUGUUCCGGCUUUAAAGCAAAGGCGUGAUUAUCUGACACUGCGCAAGCCUUUUUCUUUGGAAAACAAGCUCCUUUGCAGAAGAGCAGCAACGGCAGUGCCUGUGGUCGGCCCGCCCGUCCCAAUGACGCCCAUGGCUGACGCGCUGUGCAUAGGACGCUUGGCGGUUUUUGCAGAAGCAGAGACCGCUGCAGGCCAUCAUGAUAGAUGCAGUGGUAUUUUAAACCUUUGAGGUAGAUGGAUGUGACUGUACCCUGGUACAGCUUUUCACUUGUUUAGUUUUUAAACGUUAGUAUAAUCUGAAUAAAUAUAAAAUGUUGCCAAAUUCAACGUAGAAAGAAUGUGACCACACACCUGGGUAGUUCUGCUUGUGUUUUUGCAUAUUGUAAAAGCAGCGUCACAGCUAAAAAUAAAGAACUUGUUUCUAAAGGUAAAUUAUUGUGCUUCAGUUGCUAGUUUGUACUGAGAGUUGACCUCUCCCUGUGCAGUUUUUGUUCUAAACUUGUAUAAAUAACAAUUGUGUAAUUGUGUCUCCCUUCUACAUUGUAACAACCGCUUCAGCCUAUGUUAUAAAUAAAGAACCACUAGAGGGAAAAAAAAAA